AUGAAUGGACAGAUGUGGACAGGAGACGAGUUAUGAAUGACAUCAUCACAACCAUGUUCAAUAAAAAAUUUAUGGAGGAGCUGUUUAAACCGCAGGAGCUCUAUUCCAAGAAAGCUCUGCGCACCGUGUACGACCGGCUGGCUCACGCGUCGAUCAUGCGGCUGAACCAGGCGAGCAUGGACAAGCUGUACGACCUGAUGACCAUGGCGUUCAAAUACCAAGUGCUGCUGUGCCCGCGGCCCAGGGACAUCCUGCUGGUCACCUUCAACCACCUGGACGCCAUCAAGGAUUUCAUACGCGAUGCUCCGGGCAUUCUCAACCAGGUGGACGAAACCUUCCGCCAGCUGAUUGACACGUACGGCUGUCUCUCCGAUGGUGAAUUUCAGCUUAUCAGACAAACGCUCCUCAUUUUUUUCCAGGACAUGCACAUACGGGUCUCCAUCUUUCUGAAGGACAAAGUGCAGAACUCGAAUGGUCGCUUUGUGCUGCCGAUAUCCGGCCCUGUUCCCUGGGGCACCGAGGUCCCGGGACUCAUCAGGAUGUUUAAUUGCAAUGGAGAUGAAGUUAAAAGAACUGAGUUCACCACUGAUGGAAACUACGUCACUCCACAAAGGGAAGGAUCAUUUGAACUUUAUGGAGACAGAGUCCUCAAACUUGGAACAAACAUGUACAGUGUCAGUCGGCCGGUGGAGACACACAUGUCAGGAGCAUCCAAAAACCUGGUGUCCCGGGCGAAGGAGAGCGUAGCCCCUAACCCGCUGGUGAAGGAAGAACUGAACUUUCUGGCCAGGCUGCUGGGAGGUCUGGAGGUCAAGAAACCUGCUGGCGCUGAGACAGGAUUUCGACUGAAUCUGUUCACAACCGACGAGGAGGAAGAACAUGCUGCAUUGACUAGACCAGAGGAGCUAUCUUACAAGGUUAUCAACAUAGAAGCCACACAG